AUGGCAAUAGAGUCUUCUACAGAUGAUUGGUACUACAUGGCAUGCCUGACACCUGGCUGUAACAGGAAGCUUAAAGCAAUUGAAGGAGUCUUAAGCUGUGACAAGUGUGUAAAACAAUUUGAGGAAGGUACUGCUAGAUAUAAGCUUUUGGUGAGAGUCUUAGACAAAACCACAGAUGCAACUUUCCUGCUCUGGGAUAGGGAAGUUGCAGAAUUAGUUGGCAUUCCUGCUACUCUGUUGUAUGAGAAGUACAAAAAGGCCGAUGUUGACAUCCCCACUGAGAUUGAGGUGGUGAUUGGUUUAAAAAUGAUUUUUAAAGUGGGGAUUAAGAGAGCUCAAAUGAAAGGCACUAAUCCAGCUUACAAUGUGAUGAGGGUUCUGAGGGACGAGCAGUUGUUAGAUGCUUAUUGUUCCAGAUUAUUUGAAGAUGAAGAAAAGGACCUAAUGUCACAGCAAAUAGAAGAGGAUGACAACACUUCUCAACAUUCUGAGGAAGCAUCUAAAGAAGAAGAGGUCAAUAGUCCUGCUAACACAAGGCACUCAGAAUCCCAAGUUGAUGUUGAAGCAGAUUCUCCUACUACUAAGAAGUCAUUGCUGGAUCAGUUUUCAUCCUCAAAAGGGAGCAAAAGGUCAAAGGGUGGUAGCAUUAAGAAGGAGAAGAUGAACUGA